CAUCAGACGGUGAUAAAGUGAACUGACUCCGCCUUAACUCGUGAUAGUAAUGGCAUCGGGCGGUGAUUAAAAGAACUGACUCCUGCGAAUUUCCGAGCGCACUAACGGCGAAGAAGAGUAGAGGAGAGAGACAAAUCAGCGGCAUAUCUUUUUUACCUCUCCUCUCAGUCUCAGAUUUUCCUUUCCGGAGGAAAAAUCCAUUGUCGAACAUACAAUCACUGUUUUUCAAUCAACGGAGGUAUCUUCUCAAAUGGAGAACGUUCUCUGCUUGUCAAAUUGGUUGAUUGACACCUAAAAUUGUUCACCCAGGCUGAGCACUCUUCUAAGUCUUCACGAUCCAAUACUGGUUUUUUGGUUGAUUGAAUUAAGCAAAGUGUUGUGAAGCUGUAGAAAAAAUGGGAAUCAGUGGUGGAGACGAACUUAUGGUUUCUGGAAGUCACGAGGCUGGCUGUUCUGAAGCUACUGUGGAGAUAAAGAUAAAAACAUUGGACUCUCAAACCUACACCUUAAGAGUGGAUAAAUGCGUUCCCGUUCCUGCAUUGAAGGAACAAAUUGCUUCUGUGACUGGUGUUGUGUCAGAACAACAACGUUUGAUAUGCCGUGGAAAAGUUCUGAAGGAUGAUCAGCUCCUUUCAGCUUACCAUGUGGAAGAUGGUCACACGUUGCAUCUGGUUGUCAGGCAGCCAAUUCCCUCACUGUCUGAGGCCUUGCCUGAUCAUUCAGCAACUAAUCCUGCUUCAAACACUGAGAACUCUUACGGUGGUCGGGGUUCCAGUAUAGUAGUAGGGACCUUCAAUAUUUCUGAACAAGGGGAUGGAACUUUUCCAGAUCUCAGCCAGGUUACAGGUCUGAGUUCUUCCGGAAUUUCAAGUGCCGGAAGUGGCACUGAAUGGGAUGAUCUUAGGGCAUAUGCAUUGGAGAGACUUUCGAGAGUGUCUGCUGCAAGUGGUGCAAGAGAUUCCAGCAGACAGCUUGCCAACCAGGCUACAGCAGGGAAUCCCUCCAGUCCUCUGGGUGUUGUACCUGGAACUGCUAAUAAUUUGGAGCCUUUCCAGCUUCCAGUUAUUCAUGAUUCUUUGACAACAUUAUCUCAAUAUCUAAAUCAUUUGAGGAAUGAAUUUGUUAGUAAUGGGGCUAACGGAAACAUUUUACAAGCUACUCCUGUUCAUGGAAGUAAUGUGGUAGAAUCUGGUCUCAUGCCGCAGACAACUGGACAGCAGAAUGGGCUCCCAGGUCCAUCGUCCUUAGCGGAAGUGAUGCGAUCAAUGAGACAACUAUUGACUGAACAAGCAGUAGAAUGCAUAUCUUAUCUUGCAAGCCAACUAGAUGAUCAUGGAAAUGUGACAGAUCCAUCAACGCGGACAGCCUUUCAGCUAAACAUGCUUCGAUCGGGGGUGCUUUUGCAGAACUUAGGUGCUUCACUGCUUGAGCUUGGUCGCACAACUAUGAUGUUGCGGUUGGGCCAAACGCCGGUUGAUGCUGUGGUUAAUGCUGGACCUGCAGCAUUUAUAUCCAGUACAGGCCCCAAUCCUAUAAUGGUGCAGCCACAGCCUUUUCAACUAGGAACAAGGUUUGGGGCAUUUCCAAUCGGAACCAUGCAACCUGGGUCUUCAUCUGGUGGAAGUCUUGGUUCUGAAGCCAUCCCUAGGAACAUUGACAUAUCAAUACGAACAGGUCCGUCAGUUUCUGUUAACCACACGGAACAGAGUGGUCCAAACCAAUCCCAGCGACAAAUAAAUCCACCACUUUCUGGUGUAGCAAAUUCUAUGAAUCAAGCUGUGGCAAGAGCAGCUGGGGUUCCAUCAGCAAAUACAGAACCUGAAGUACGAGUUUUGCCUGUUAGGACUGUGGUAGCAGCAAUUCCUAGUAUUAGGCUGCAUCUUCUGGUCCUUCACGUAGAUCAGUGGGAUUAGUCUCCAGUAUUUGCGAGAGUUCAGCAUGUAUCUUUGGGUAAUAUAGGUGCUGCUGGAGGUUCUCAACCAUCUGCUGAACAUAACCCUAAUGGACCAAAUGCUGAGAGGUUACCAAUUCCUGAAUUUGAUAGGCAGGAACAGAACACUGGGUUUCCUGCCAGAGAAGGGAAUAACCCUUCUGGUAUUAGCACUCAAAAUGGUGGAGGAUUUCCGGAGUUGCAUUCCAGAUUCAGUCAGAUGCUGAGGUCUAUGCAUGAGCAGUUAGAUGUUGCCCGUGGCAAUUCUCGAAGUGCAACACAUUCUUCUGUUGUAGAACCUUCAGAAAUAGCUGAGGCUACUGCUAACACAGAGGAAGCAUCUCCAAGAGUGAGUGAGGAAGGAGCAUUUCUCUCUAAUGUGCUUCGCCAAAUAAUGCCUCUUAUAUCCCAAAACACUAUUGGUUCAGGUGGUCCAUCUUCUGAAGAUACUAUUAAUAGACAAGCUUCCCAAAGACAGGAGUUGGACUCAGAUAUUGGGACGUCAAGGCCACACGCUGAGCCUUCAUCCCCACCAAAUGCAAAACGCCAGAAGAGAGAGUAAUCCUUCUGACCAAGUCCUGCAACCGGAACAUUCGUAGAAUGUCUGGGGGGAUGAGUGGAGUGGUGCAUCCCAAAAGAUAAAAUUUCUUUUGGGCAUCAAUAGGCAAGUUGAUGAACAUAUCAGCUUUUUUAUUUAACUAUUUGAUCUGUUAAAUGUUGAUUCUGCAAGGUGGUAGCUUUAGAUGUCAUUUAAAAACUUUUAUGUAGCUAAAUUAGUAUUUCUGAAAGCCUCUAGAGUUACAGCGAGUUGCUUGACUGUUAGGUUUUUAUUUUUUAGUUGAUUAUGUGUUAGUUUUUUUAAUAUCCAAAGAAUUGUAGAUUUUUUAGUA